UAACGAGGAGCAGCUCCGUGGUGCCUCACAACUCCUCAGGACUAAUUGUGAGCAGGACCAGGUACCGGUGACAUAACCCAGGAUGGAUGUGAAGUUAAUCGCAGUUGUGGCUGUGCUCACACUGCUGACAUAUGUGCCUCCAUUGCAAGCAAAGCCCAUCAGUCUGGUGGAGAGAUGCUACUGUCGUUCAACAGUCAACAGUCUCCCUCGUGGAUACAUCCGAGAGCUCCGCUUCAUCCAUACGCCCAACUGCCCCUUCCAAGUCAUCGCCAAGCUGAAGACAAACAAGGAAGUGUGUAUGAACCCCGAAAUCAGAUGGCUGCAGCAGUACCUGAAGAACGCACUCAACAAGAUGAAAAAAUCCAAACACUAAAGUGUCUCCAGAGAUCCUUCUGGGCCAUCAUUAAGGAUAUGGACCAUCAUCACACAUCAUUAUAUAUUUGUUGUGUAGUCUAAAAAAAUCAUGAAAAUUUUAUGUUCUGCAGCACUUAUAAGCCUUUUGCAUGAAUCAACCCACAGUGCAUCACCACUCAUGCCUUGCAUCUGUCUUGGCUUAGAUCGUAGAGAUGUUGUUUGUGCAAAGUGGAAUUUCUAUCUGUUUUGUUGGCUAACCACAAUGUAUAUAGGCUACUGAUUUCUUCAGUAAAGGGCUGCUUCAAGACAUAACCAUCGUCAGGCACUAAGAUGUAUUCCAUAUUCCACGCUAAUGGGCACCUAGGAAUUUCUACAGGUACCCCCACACAGCGUAUAUAACGUAUAAUAUCCUAGUUAAAGUCCCAAUUACACAAUUACAAUGUUUUUGUAAUGGAAAUAAGGACGCCUUAAAAAGAGUGUUUCCUGAGCCAUUCUGUGGUUUGAGAUAAUGUGACUCCCAAGGUUUUCUCACUCAUCGAGAAUAACCGGAUAACAUCUGGAUCACCCAAACAAGUUUAAUGGAGCAACCAAUAAGAACAAGCUGUCUGGAAUCAUAAAGUUGUUCAAUAACAGGCGCCACUAUAAAGACAUGAAUUGAGCCUCAUCGACUGUAGUUCUCACACAAGAAAGUAAAACCUGAUAUGGAAAUAUGAUCUAGACAUUUUAUUCAACUGUCACGCAGAUAAAAAUGCACUUUAUAUCUGAUAUACUACAUAUUCUAACAAAAAUAUUUACAUACUCCCCCUUUUCCUUUUCUGUGUUUAUGUUCUGUUGUCCCUCCUGUCAGUUAUCACAUGACUUGUUUCAAAUCUGGGAAGAUGUCAGCUAGUCAUUCAAGUCUCCUUGUCAUAUGUAUCGAAUAAUGUUAUAUAAAGGUUUUAUUUUUGUAUUCUUUAAUGCAUUUAAAUGAAGGAACUGUACUCUCACAACUGAGCCUGUGACAAUUGUAUACAGUUAUUCAGUAAAACAAGGAACAAUA